AUAACUUUUUAACAAUUUGAUUUUGCUUAUAUAGUUGCUAUCAUAUCACAAUGUCAGCAUCAUCUGAAACAACCUCGUCUGGAACGAUUUGUGAUCAAGUUGAUAAAGAAGAGGGAAGAUAUGGAUGUCGCGGUGCAAAUCGGUACAUCAUUCUUGUCAUUGGGCUUUUUUUCUUGUCAUUUUUACUUUCUUCAAUAAUCUGCUACAAUGCGUGUUAUGUCUCCAUGGUGAAUCCGCAAUCGUCUCCCUACUGGGAGGAUUUUGUAAAUUCCAACAAAUCAUUGGAUGAAAUCAACUGGAAUGAUCCUGAUCUUCCACUUUCCCAACGUCGCUUCGCAUUCGACACAACUCAAAAAAGUUUGGGAUUCGCUGCGGGAUUCCUUGGAGCCAUCGCCGCAGUAGUUCCGAUGUCGAGGCUUACAGCUAGAUUUGGAGUUCACAAAGUGAUGACUUUGAGUGGAAUUCUUGGCACAUUUCUUGUUGUUAUAACGCCGAUUGUUAUCACUUGGAGUUUUCCAGUUUUUGUGAUUUUACGUGUUCUUCAAGGAAUCACUCUGGCUAAUUUGUUCACUACAGCCGGAGUUGUUGUUAAUGAAUGGGCAGCUGUAAAUGAAAAAGGAUUGUUCAUUUCUGUACUAUCGGCUCACGUAGAAAUGGGAGCAGUGUUCACAAUGCCAGUCUCUGGAGCUCUUGCAACGAGUGCUGGUUGGCCAUGGGUGUUCUAUUUGCAUGGAGCAAUUCUAGGAGCUCUCACCAUUCUUUGGGCUGUCUACUACAGAGAUCGUGCGGUGAAGCAUCCGUUCGUGCAGAGAAAGGAAUGGAGAAAAAUAAGUUUUGGAAAGAAACUUGAUCAAACUGGAAAAGGAUCUAAUGAGACUCCAAUCCGCAAAAUUGUUUCCUCUAUCGUUAUCUGGGGUGUUUGGAUUGCAGUUAUUGGAAACUUUUUGGUAUCCCAAUUUUCAAUUUCCUAUGCUCCAAUCUAUUUGCGCGGUGUUAUCGGCUGCACGCCCACUGAAGCUGGACUUUUGACACUUAUUCCAAUGGCUUGUUUGCUCGUCAUAAAAUUCAGCACUGGAUUCUUUUCGGAUCGCAUCAAGUCCAUCUCUGACCUCACAAAAAUGAAAAUGUUCAACUCGUGCGCUCUCCUUGGCUCUUCAAUUUUCUUCAUUAUUCUUUCAUGUUCCAGUCCAGGAGGAAGCAAAGUAUUGGAUGUCAUACUGCUUUCAAUUCCUAUGGCUCUCCUAGGGUUUUCUUCCGGCGGAUACAGCAAGUGUGCUGUUAUGGUUUCCGGACAAUACUCUCCAUUUGUUAUGUCUAUUGUGCAGAUAAUUGCCUGCUCAUCCCUAAUGGCUGGAAGCUUCUUGGUCCCAGCUCUGACCCCAUCCGAUAGCUUCAGCGAAUGGCAAAGAGUUUUUAUGAUUUACGGAGCAGUGCUUGCAAUUACAAAUACUAUUUUCAUUGUUUUCGCCAGAGCUGAACCUGCAAAAUGGGCUCAACAGAAAGGAGACUUAACUUUGGCAGAAGCUGUUAUGGGUUCAGAACCCAAAAAUACAGAAGUGAUGCCUGUGGAUUCAGAAGUUGGAGCAUCUCCUAGAAUUUAAGUAAUCUUGCUCUGUUGGAGUUUUUUUUUAUACAAGUACACAAUCUCAAUUCAAAAUCUCAUUUCUUGCAUGUAGUUUCCUAUACUUUUUAUUAUAUAUUUUUAUCUUGAAUAAAUUUUGUUUUAUAA